GAACAGAAGAAAAAUAUUGACCAAAAGAACCAAGAAAUAUCCAAAUUAAAAGAUCAAAUUAAUAGCGAGGCAGUCAAAUUGCAGGAGAUGCAGCAAUCCAUUGAGGAAAAGAAUCAACAAAUAUCCAAAUUACAAAACGAUGUAAAAAAUUGUGAAGUGAAAUUGGAGGCCUUGAAGGAGAAACCUAUUAUUGGUUGCACUUCUUUUGGAGAUGAUCCGGGUGUUCAUCAAAUCAGUUUUUCUAAUUACUCCUUUGAUGCUAUAUGCGACUCGGAGACAGCAGGUCCUGGAUGGACAGUUAUCCAGCAGCGAAUCAAUGGUAAAGAAGAUUUCAACAGGAAUUGGACAACAUACCGCGAAGGCUUUGGUUCCUUUGAUGGAGACUUCUUCUUGGGUUUGGAAAAGAUCCAUCGCUUGACGAGAUUCAAGCCCCAUGAACUCUAUAUAUAUCUGGAGAAAUUUGAUGGCAAAAUAGAAUAUGCGAGAUAUCAACAAUUUGCCAUUGCUGGCGAAAGUGAUGAAUACAAACUGAGCAUAAGUGGAUGCAGUGGCAAUGCCACAGAUAUGUUGUCAAAAAAUAACAAUAAUAAGAAAUUUUCGACAUAUGAUCGUGAUAAUGAUGGCUGGAAUGAUGGCAAUUGUGCAUUAAAACAUCUUGGUGGAUGGUGGUACUCUGACAGGUCAAGUAAACUUGAGUCUCACAGGGAUCUGGAAAAAUGGAUAAAAAUACCUGAAUCUAUCAGUAGCAUCGAUAAGCAGUAG